AUGGCCCAUUCACAGAGCAAUCCCGUAAGCCGGCUGGCUGGCCAUGGCAACAGCUCUUUGUAUGCUGCUUCGGAGUACUCGGCUUCUGAGAUUGACCCUAAAGAGGAGACUUGGGAGGACUGGGAGAACGAUGAUGAAUUCAAUGAAGAGGCCAAAUGUUUGUUCUGUACCAAGGUUUUCGAAAUUCCCGAGGAAGCUUUUGGUCAUUGCAAGGAGCACGGUUUUGACUUUUUGGCAGUGAAGCGAGCACUCGACCUUGAUUUUUACAAGUGCAUUCGUAUGCUCAACUACAUCAGAAAGCAAGUCAAGGAGAACCCUGAACUUGCAAACACAAAAGAGUACAAGCUGACUGGAAAAGAGACAUUCUGGGAAGACGAUACUCUUUUGCAGCCUGUUCUUGAAGAUGAUGCUCUUCUUCAUGCAUUUGAAGAACUUGAGAUUAUUGAAGAGGAAGAAGAGAAGGCAAAGGGUAACCCAGUACGUAAAUUCAACCCUGAAUCAGUCGAUCUGUCAUUUAUUGUGCCUACCACAGAGCUUGAACAUAGUCUGCUUCAGCUGGUAAAGCACUCUCAGGAUAAGGCUAAGGCUGUUGAGGAACAGUUUAACGAAUACAAGGCAAUGAUCAGACGUACAUUUUUUGAGGAUCAGGGUGAAGAUGAGAGAAAUGCACGCAACAUGGCUGAUCCUAAUGUCCUCUUGGCAACUGCAACUGGAAAUGUCCCCUGGAACAUUCUUUAA